AUGCAGACGACUGCUCUGCUGCUCGUGGUGGUUCUCGCGGUUGCGCUCGGCUCCGCGAAUGCGCAGACCCCGCUCGGAAGCUGGCAGACCGGCCGCAGCACCUUCUACCAGGGCAUCGACGGCGGCAACUGCGGCUUCGGCGGCAUCUCGUCCACCCAGUUCCCCUUCCGCUAUAUCGCUGCUCCGAACACGGCGUUCUACGCUGAUGCGAAGGCGUGCGGCAAGUGCUUCGAGGUCAAGUGCACGAGCUCGGACUACAUGAGCAACGCGUGCCUCGGCGGGAGCGUGAUCGUGGAGGUGACCGACCAGUGCCCGUGCGCCGGCAACGAGAGGUGGUGCUGCGGCGACAAGGUCCACUUCGACAUGAGCCCCGAGGCCUUCUCCCGGAUCGCCAACACCGGCGCCGGCGUCAUCAACACCCAGUUCAGGCCCGUCACCUGCCCCGUCUCCGGCAAUCUGAGGGUGCAGAUCAAGGACGGCGCCAACCAGUGGUGGUUCGCCCUGCUGGCCAGCAACGUGGGCGGCAGCGGCGAGGUGACCAAUCUCGAGGUGUCCGACGGCAACAACGGCCAGUGGACCGCCAUGCAGCGCCAGAGCUACAACUACUGGAUCGCGACGUCGGGCGCCGGCUUCAGAUUCCCGCUGGGCGUGCGCGUGUCGCAGAACUCGAAGGUCAUCACCGGCACCAUCCCCAUACAUGUCGGCCGGCGCCGUGUUCGAGCUGACCACCAACUUUGCCUAAAACUGCCGCUCGCAUUUUGUGUAUUUUACUUUUUAACAACAACAUGUUAUGAAUAUGUUUGA